UCAAACAGUUGAUGUAGAGUUUGCCGUGUUGUUUGUGAUGUUGUACCUACAGUCGAAUAUUAAAACGUCUGGUCCGGAGUGCCUUUCAGGGUACUUGUUAGUCUGACCACCCAAGGUGCUUCGCUGGGUCCGACUGCGGAUGUGUUUUUGUUUUAGAUGACAGAAUCGUUUAAAUUUGCCGAUUGCGUGAGUAAUGACAUCUCAAAAUCAAGCUCUGUUUGAAGAUCGUGGUGGAAACUCCAGCUAGCUGCGUACAUGUAUCGAACUAAUGAUACAUUUCCGUUUUUCAGUCCACUAUUUCGAGUUCCCCUAAACUUCAUGGGAUUUCCACAGCUCACUAAAAAUAGUUUUACUUAUCUUAGACAAUAAUCCAGAGAAAGUAAGUUGAAGUUAAUUGCUUACUGUGCCAAUCAUCAAAACAUACAUUCUCCUAGCUCGCUCAAUCACUUCUCAAGUUUUGUUUUUGUGUGCCAGUGAAUUCUGAUUUUGUUGUUAAUAUAGAUCGUUUGCGUACAGCAUAGUCUGUGUGUUGAAAGAAAAAAAUAUCAGAUUAUUGUAUCGAUGUCGUGCUAGAUUAGCUUGCGUGUAGACACUCAAAGCUCUCCGGUGUGCGAAGCAGGAAGGAUGACAUAUUUUAAUAAAACAGGAUUUUAAAGUCUACAUGCAAACAGUGGUAUGAAAGGGCUUUGUUAAAAUAAAAUUCUUUGCGAGAAGAAAGACUAGAAGGAGACACUUGUAGACAAGGUAGCCCACAAAUCUUUUAGUGGUCUUUAGUAAUACUCAAGAGAGAGGUAGUCGGCAGAAGGUUAGAUUGCUUUUUCCUCGCUUCCUCUUUGGGAUGUGUGUGCGAAACUGAUCAGCCACUUCCGGUUUUUUAUUAAAAAGCGAAAAACUCGAAAAAGACCUUUUUUAUAGUAAGGGGAAGAUAUAGUAUUUUUUUCAAAAAGGUAUAUCUUAUGAUUUCUAUUUUUCAAGGAUUCUUUCGCGCGCUCGCGGAAAAUCAUGCUUUGUGAUUGGUUGUUUUGAAAGUCACGCACCCUAAUUUAGUCGGGAGAAGUCGGGAGAUGAAGGUAAAGUUCUCGAAUCUGAAAUAUGUGCGAAGAAUGUCGAGUAUUGGUAAUUUUAUACUAACGGAAGCAAUACGGAAAGGUAGGCUUAGUUAUGCCGUAGAAAUUACGAUGAAGCGAAUGGAAUUCUUGUCGACUUCACCUUAUUGCCUUGUAUUAAACUAAACCUUAAUUUAAAAUACUCGAUCGCAAAUUAAGAUUUCAAUUGCAAUUUGACGAUACACUCUCGUAAUUUUCCUACACGAAAAUGCCAUUGUGUCUUUCUUCUUUAAAUGAACACACAUGUCGUAAAGGCAUUAAUCUUAUCGUAAGUUGUUUUAGAGAUGGUAGGGUUAUGACGUACAUUCACCGUCACAGAUCAUUUCAAUAUUUGUCAUUUCUACGCGAUUUUUACACCAGACUAGUUUAAAAGCGUUGCAGAUUUCAAUAACUCAAAGCACAUAGUGAUUCCCAUGGUAAAGUCAUUGAUGUCAAUCGUUGCAAAAUUCAGAGGGUUCUAGUGUGACAAUAUAAUCCAAGUUGCUCCGUAACCAUGCAUCAUUUUGUACUAACCCUACUCUUGCAGGGAAGCCAAAGGUGAAUCGACACAAACCAUAACAGACGGCAUACGGUAGUCCUAAUUGGAGUAUUCAGUUUGAUCCUUUUGUGGCGAACCGGCUUGCCCGAUAGAUAACAGCAUGGUGCAAGAUCGAGUUGGAAAUGCAAAAGCUAAGCUUAGUCAUAAAACGAAGAACGGCGAAGUUCGAAAAUCCCGGCUCAGCAUGUUCGAUUCAGUGAGAUCGUCCUCCAGCGCUGUAUCGGUGUCUCAAAGUUCCUCAGGUGGAGAUGAUACAGAGUUUGAUGUUGACGAAGAAUUGCCUGAUGAUGAGGAAAUCGAGCGAAGAUUUUCCACUUUAUUGGAAAAGAUGACACUACCACCAGAGAGAGAGGCGGAACUCGCCAAAAGUCCAAAAGCUCAUAAAUGGAAAAUGAUUAAAGCAAAGGAACUGAUGCAACCCAAGUACUCUUCAGGCUUCUAUAUUGAACAGUUAAAGACUCACAGGGAUAUUGCACUCAACAAAACACUAAACAAGAAACUGCUAAAGGGUCUGGAGCCUGUAGAAAUGAUAUUAAGAUCCCUGGAGGUUGACCUUCGGACACAUCCAAAUACCACGUGGUUACGUGAAUUUAUAGAUGAUCCAUACAGAGGCCACAUUGCAUUAAUAGAAUUCCUACAGUACCUUCACUUAAAUCAACCUUCAUCUGGAGAGGACAAUGUUCCAAAGAAGAAAGGAAAACCAGAUGUUUUGGCCAGAGACUUUGUUGAUGAACAUUUGUGUCUUAUGUGUAUAAGAGUUUUAAUGAGGAACAAGUAUGGUUUUCAGUCAAUCAUGGGUGUGGAAGACUGCCUCAAAUCCAUUAUCCUCUGUCUAAAAAUUGACAGUUUAAAAACACGAGCACUGGUUGUUAAGAUGUUAACACAAGCCUGCAUCCAGUCAGAAUAUUAUGAAAAAGUUAUUGAUGCAGUGAGGUUUUACACAAGAACAACAAGAGAGGGCCGCACAUUUGAAACACUGGUGAACUUGAUGUACAAGAGACCCAUCUCACCACAGUUCCAGACACUCUGUUUGGCUUUCUUCAAUUCCUUGAUUGGUAUCACACCAACAUUUAACAAGAAAGUUUUCCAUCAGCAAGAAAUUGAAGAUGCAGGAUUUGAUGUGGAACGUUUGGAGAGGACUCUGGAGGGUAUGGAGGCUGGAUCUGUUCGGGAGGCUCUAAAAACAUGGCAGGACAACUAUAUUCAUGUACAAGGAGUUAUGGAUGAGUUUGUGACUCUCAGAGAAAGAACCAAGUACCUCAGAGAUGAGGUUGAUCUUUUACAAACAAAACUGGAGGAAUUACAAAAGGAGAACAGUGAACUCAAGAGUAAAAACACAGAGCUUGACAUGCGGUCUGAAGAAUAUAGACUGCGUGCUACAGAAUUGCAGACAACUUUGGAAAAUGUCGUGAAACAAGUGAAGCACGAGGCAGACCAAGCUGAAUUGCCAGAUGAACUCGUCACCAGUGUAACCGAGGCUGCAGCAGCAGUAGCCCCACCCCCUAUCCCUCCACCACCGCCACCGCCCCCUCCCCCGGCCCCACCAGCACUAGAUGGUUUGCUAAUUCCCCCACCACCACCUCCCCCUGAGUUAGACGGAAGUCCAUCAUUGAGGCGACGUGUGGCUGCCAAUAAAGUUCGCCUUCCAAUGUUAAACUGGACUCCCAUUUCAUCACAAUCGGACGCCAGUGCUUUCUUUAAGCAGGGAAUAAGCGAUGAAGAAGUCAUGGAAGUGCUGGACUUUGCUGAUUUUGAUAGAAGAUUUGAGUUGAAAAUUAACGAAGCUUCAGAGGGUCUUAUUGCAAAGAAGGAACAAGCCUUAAAGCGAGCAGCAGAACAAAUCACAGUCAUUGAGCCGAAAAGAGCAAGAAAUCUUGUUAUCGCGCGCCGACGUAUACAGCACUCUACAGAAACUAUCGGAUUACUGAUAGACCAGUGUGACUUGGUGGAACUGCCGCCCGAACACGCCGAGUUACUGCUCAAGUUUGUACCUACCAAGGAGGAGUUGGCAGGACUGGCGCAACACGCUGAUCAGUAUUCCAAGCUGGCUGAAGCUGAACAGUUUCUGUUUGAGAUUGCUAAAGUGGAGCGGUACGAGGCAAAACUCAGUGUCAUGGCGUUUAUUGGUGUUUUUGAUGAACUUAUGAGAACUGUUGUACCACAAGUGGAUGCUGUUUUGAGAGCGGCUACUUCCAUUGUCAACAGUGGGAAAUUAAGAAAAUUAUUUAAGAUUAUACUCAUAUAUGGGAACUACAUGAAUAGCAGCAGAAGAGGACUUGCCCACGGCUUCAAAUUGGAAUCUUUAGGCAAGUUGGAGGACACUCGGACAACGGACAGAAAAACAACAUUCCUUGGUUAUAUCGUGGAAGUUGUGCAGAAAAAGUUUCCGGAUCUUCAGGACUUCUCUGAGGAACUGUAUCUUGACGGAGCAACUACAGUUUCCAUGCAGACAUUGGCAGCUGAUGUGCAGGGUUUACGGAAAGGCCUGGACUUGACAAAGUCUGAGAGAGACAAACAGCCAGAUAACUUCAUCAUUUUUACGUUCUAUAACGCUGCUUUCAAGAAAGUCCAACGCAUCACUGAACGUUACCGUAAAAUGGAAGAGGUUUAUGCGCAGGUGUGCACUCUGUUUGGCGAAAACCCACGGGUGGUUGAACCUUCGGAGUUCUUCAAAACCUUCAUUGACUUCAUAGCUAACUUCAAGAAAGCUCAGAGGGACUUGGAUUGUUCGCGGGAAGUUGGAACCAAGAUGAGUCGCUCGCUCAGUAAUGGUGAGCCUUCAAAGGCUCAUAUUGAAGUUGCUACUGCAGCCGCUGAUGAGGGUCAGCGGAGAUCCGUGUAUAACAAAAACAACCGGUUUUUAGUGAAGUAGGGCAAAUUAUAUAUUUAAAAGGAUAACAAACUUAAAAAGGAAUAGUUAAAGUACAGUACAUUUUUAGAUGGCUUACAUACGACACUUUCCUUGCCGAAAAUUUUAAGUUUAAAAGAACUUAGUAAAGAGCCAAACGUGGUUUUAAAUAUAACAUGCCUUAAUAAUUUACCAAAUAAUUUAAUGAGAAAGUAUUUUAUAAUAGAGGCAAUUAGUAAUAUUUGUUAUAGACAGUUUUGUGUAACAUUCGUAACUGAAGUUUUGACAAGUUAACGGGACCGUGUUUUAUAAUUCAACAUUGUAAAGUAGAUUAUUUUGAUGGAAUUUUACUAAUCGUGGUUUCGUCUUUGUUGGCAGUUUGAUAGAACUCGUACCAGAUUGUAAUAGCGUAAGCUAACUCAUUGACAGUUUUCUCACUGGAGAGAGUUUCUCCCAUCUUGUACAAAUUAUUGCCCAGCUCUGAUGAGUUAUCACCCAUCCUGAACGAGGUUAUUGUCCCCAUUGGACGGGUUAUAUCCCUUUUAUUAUUCAACUUUCAUACACUGUACGAAUUCCCAUUUUCUGAUUGGCUGAUUUGUAUCACGUGAUACUGGGUUGAGACGAGACAACCGCCUUGGCGUCAUUAUCGUGGUGUAAUAGCCGUGGUUUAAAUUCAACACACCACUGUCAUUACACCAUGGCUUCGACUGACUCAAAUAUAGUGGUUUCAAUACAGUGUUUCUUUGUGCAGUGUAUUCAAUUUGAAUAAUAAAAAUGUUAGUGCAAACAUUGCUCGUGAAUUAUCGGGAUUUACCUGUUCUCGUUCACUAACAAUGAACUCGAAAUUUUCAAUACCGCACGAGGCUUUGCCGAGUGCGGUAUUGAAAUUUCUCGUUCAUUGUUAGUGAAGUCGUGCAGGUAAAUCCCAAUAAUUCACUCGCUGAGUGCGUUAACCUGUAAAUAACCCAUGAAAUAGGACGGGUUAUCGUCUCGAGCAACUUAUCACCCAUCCUCCUCGUUUCCCCCUACCCCCCCUCCGCCCCCCCCUCAAUCUGGGCCAGUUAUUACCCAUCUCGGAAGACCGAUAUUUUGUCGAUUAUCUGAACGUGUAGCGUUGUAGUUAAAUACUUUUAUAAUGUCACGAUAAGACAAUUAUUGUCGUGCUUUUGCUUUCGAAUUUUCUAUUGUAUAUAUUACCCUUUUUCACAGGAGAAAGCAUGCGUUAUUUAAAUUUGACUUGUAUAAAAUAUCACGAGGAGCAUCUAUAACACGCAUCCAUAGUUAUGAUGCUAUUAAGAAAAAGUAAAAGGUUUUCUUUGAAAGGAAAAACCGGUCCAUGAAAGUUGCUAAAUAAUUAAUUAUUUAAGUAGACUUAGCUGUACAUAUACUCAGCGAUUUUUACUAUAUAGUGACGGGAGAAUUUGAAAUAUUUUGAAACUAUCUUUUGUAGAUUUCCUGAUUUGUUGUUAGUUGUAGUCCUUUUUGGGGGGCAUUCAAUAAAUUCAAGACUAUUAAAAUACAGUAAAGUACA